UUGCACAAGUUUUGUUAAUAUUUUGAUUGUAACGAAACUUUAAUUACAAUUUAGAUUUAGUUUGAACGUAAUAAUCAGCGAGUGAAAAAAAAAAUGGAUUCAUCAAUGUUUUCAAUUUCUCUGAUGAUUUUCAUCAAUAUUAUCGUAACAAUUAAAGGUAAUCCAGUCUCUCAAGUUUCACCUAUUGUAACAAUUAAGGGAAUUACGUUACAAGAUUUUUGCUUUCGAGCGGAAAAAUUAUCCUCAAUGGGUCUUAACGAGACGGAAAUUAAUUCACAAUUGAUCAGUGAAUUGGAACAAUUAAUUAAACGUGAGAAUCCUGAUGUUAAUCUAAAAGCGAUAACGAUGACUGGAUUUAUCAAUAUGAUAUUUUCCGAUCUAUUGAAUUUCAUCAUGUCCACAAAUCGACGACAGGCAAUUGAAAAUAAUCAAACCAACAAAUUGUCAAACGAAUGUCCAUCUUUCUGUUCAAUCAUUGAAUUUCCCGAGAAAGUUAAUUUGACCUCAGGAAAGGGAAUCGGGAUAACUUAUGAUUCUUCAGCAUUUCUUCAAAGUUUAAUCUGCCAUGGGAUCAAUUUAUCGCCGAUAAUCAAGCCAAGCUAUGCAAAUAUAACUGUCAACAAUUCUGGUUAAUCAUCGUCAACAACGUAUCAUUACCGUUUUAAAUUGUCAGUCAAUCCAAUCAACAAUGUGUCAGAAUUAAAAUUAAUCACUUUUUGUUUUGUUUUAGUUUUUAAUAGAAUCCAAAUAAAACCUUGACAAGUACAAUGAUUGAACAUA